AUGCCUUCGUAUGAACUUCGCUCCGGGGGGGACGUCAAGAACAAGAAACAGAGUGUGGCAGAUCUCAAGUACCGUCGGUUGACAGAGCUCAAUGCCCGCUUGAAGGAAGAUCUGGACCGCCCCCGAGUCAAGGUGUCGGAAGCUGCUCUCUCUCUAAUCAACUAUUGCAAUAAUACCCGUGAUUUCAUGGUUCCCUCUGUCUGGGGUCAGGUCGACAAGCGAGAAGACCCGUACGCCCCCCAGCAGCAAGGAGGCUGCUGCGCGGUCAUGUAA